AGCUCGUUGGCUCAAGCUGAAUUCCUGUUGUACGUUACGUGCAUAUGCAGCUUCAGCCGGAGAGGGCUGCGGGAUGCGCAUGAUUGGCAUCAGCUUCGGACUCGCAUCACUCACUGUCCAAGGCUGGUGCGCAGUCGCCCUCCACCUGGAACUCAGCCUGGGCCCAGAGGACCCCGCCGCGGUCGCGCGCGGGCCAGACCCGAACGUCACUGAGCAGCCGGCUCUCGCCACAGCAGGCGCGAACGGGACGGCCUCGCACAGCACCAAGACAGGCGGGGCGGAGGCCCCCGCGGCAGGCUCCGACGCCGGCGACAGCACGGCCGCGCGCGGAGCCCAGCGGCCGCUCGCGCCGCCGCCCGAGGCCAGGCCGACCGUGCAGAGCGAUGACCGUCGGAGCACGAGGAUACACAUCCGCAUCCCGCCGGCGUCCCCCGUGGGGAGCGCCUCGACCACGGCCGCUGCCGCCGCGAGCGGCGCUCCCGCCGUGCGCGGCGCAGCCCCGCAGGGCAGCGAGGGCGCGCUCGCGGGGCCGCGCGCGGGCGACCUGGAGGGGGACGCGCCCAUCCCGCCGGCGUCUCCCGAGAGGAGCGCCUCGACCACGGCCGCUGCCGCACGGGGCGGGGCUCCCAUCUUGCGCCGCGCGGCACCGCAGGGCAGCGAGGGCGCGCUGGCGGAGCCGCGCGCGGGCGACCCGGUCCCUGAGGGGAGUGCCCCGACCACGGCCGCUGCCGCCGCGAGCGGUGCCCCUGGCGUGGGCGCUGCGGCCCCGCAGGGCAGCGAGGGCGAGCGCCUGGGGCAGGACGGCCCCAAUGCCACCGACAGGUACGACAUGUCGUAUCUCAGGCGCCUCGAGGAGGAAGAGGAGAGGAAGGGAGUGGUCAUCGACGGGUACCCGACGUACCCUGGGUGCUUCGUGCGCAUGCCCACUGGAUGCCGGCAGCACCUGAAGAAGACGCACCUGUGGCGCCACGACGUGUGGGCUGAGAGAAAGAACGUCACGCAGGACCAGUGCAGACAGCGGAAGCAGUUUUGGGACGGCUACUGUGAUACCUCGGACGUGAAGAUGGUGUUCAAUGGAAACGCGGAGCAGCAGGAGGAAGCGCAAGCUCGGCUUGAGGAGAGGAAGAGCUGGGUGAUCGACGGAUACCCGCAGCACUACGGGUGCUACAUGCGCCUGCCCACCGGGUGCCCGCUCCACUACAAGAAGACGCACUGGUGGCGCCACGACACGGCGGCCGAGGAGCACGACCUGACCGAGAGCUCGUGCGCCGACCGGAAGCGGUACUGGAACGACUACUGCGGCACCGCAGACGCGGAGACGAGAUACGUGCCCCUGUCCGGAGCCGAGGAGGCCGCCGGGAGGCCGGGCGCCGCCGACGAGGCGGCCCGCCGAGCGCAGGCAGAGGAGAAUGCCGUCUUCGAGGCGAAGAUGGGGCAGCGGCUGCUGGGCCUGAUGCGCAAGGCGACCGAGGACCUGCCCACCGAUCCGAGCCAGUGGGGGCUCACCAGCCCGGGGCCUCUCCUGCCGCUGCUGCUCGUGGCGUCCCUCGCGGCGUGCCGCCUCGGCGCCCCCUCGUGGGCCAUCGGCGGCGCCGCGCCGCGCCGCGGCCUGGGCGCCGCCGGGCCCCCCCCCCUCUGGAAGGUCCCGUCGCACCGGGUGCGCUGCCGGGCCGUCCAGGAGGCCGCGCCGCCGCCGCCACCCAGGCCUCCGCGGGAGCGCAGGAUGAGCGAGAUGGAGAAACAGGCCGACGCCGUCGUGCACGCCGUGGUGGCGGUAGAGUUGCUGGACUGGCACGGCAAGUUGGGGGGCUCGCUGGAGCACUCCUUCCGGAAGUGCGUGUACACGCCAGUGAUGCCGCGGCUCCUGAGGCUGACCACGCGCGAGCGCAGCGCGUUCGACGACUACAGGGCUGACGGGCCGAACGGCAGGAAGAUCUCCAGGCCCAGCCGGGUGCACGACGCCACCCUGGAGCGCCAGUUCACCUUGGGCAACAUGUUCACGGUUCAGGCCCUCGCGGAGCUCGGCCGGGUCGACGACGCGCGCUGGCUCACGCGGGCGCAGUGCACAGGGCGCCGCGAGUUGGUGUCCGCGGAGGUAGAGGCUGGCGAGGACCCCGCGGCGAAGGACCUGAUCUCCUGGUCGGAGGCCAUCAUCAAGACGCCGGACGGCAAGGAGAUCCAGAUCCGGGACCGGCCCAACGGGCACACCGAAGCGACGUUUAACAUCUGGGUCCUCCCGAUCUUCGUGGACCACGACCGCAACAACCAUGCCGAGCGCAACGCGCUGCUGCUCGCCCUCGAGCACAUGCCCAUGCACUCGGUGCACGAGGGUGUCGACGGGGUCUACGAGGGUGCGAUCCGGGUGUACGCGAGCCACACUCCAUGCAUAUCGUGCCUGUCGUCGAUGUGCCAGUUCACCAGGGCCUGGCCGGAGGCCAAGAUGAGGGUCACCUACGACCAGUGGCGCAGCACGCGCAGGUGGAUCGGCUAUGACGGACCAGCCGAGAUCACCCGAGUGGACGAGGAUGAUUAG